ACUGUCAUUCAUAACUUCGUGAGUACCGUCAACCAAGUCUAUGUAAUUGGAAUAGAGAUUGUCUACUUCUAGAUUUUAUUGGACGUUAAAAGUAUCUAUAAUACUUAAAAAGCUGAAUAUUGAUCAAAAACAAUGAGUCGGAAAGAAGCUCUAUCGUCGUUCAUCCAGCAGAUCCACGGGCGGCCGGUGGUGGUGAAGCUAAACAGCGGCGUCGACUACAGAGGAGUGUUGGCGUGCCUGGACGGCUACAUGAACAUUGCACUGGAGCAGACGGAGGAGUAUGUGAACGGACAGCUCAAGAACAAGUACGGAGACGCGUUCAUCCGCGGCAACAACGUGCUCUACAUCAGCACACAGAAGCGCCGGAUAUAGCCACCGCACAUUACAUACUGUGAUAUCAUAGCAAUAAGGAUAUAAUAAAUGUUUUGUAAUCUCUA